AUGUCAACGACGCGACCGGGCAAGAGAAGAAUACGGCCCGACGAAGAACCGGAGGAGAUCCACGAGUAUGACGCUCCUCUGCCGCAGACUGAAGAAGCAACCAGCAACGUCAAAUUCUCACGGAGAGGGUACGCGAGCUGGAGAGAAACCGCUUUCUCGCCCGCCACACAGACUUCGUCGGGAGAAGGGAAGCGCAGUGCGAAGCUGCCAGACGCCCCAAUUCUAGAUGACGGCGUCAGUGUAAAGUUUACGCCCUGGCGACGUGCAGUCGAAAAUAAGUUGAUGCUGAAUGCCGACCACUAUCCGUCGGAGAGACACCGCAUGGCGUACGUCUCUACUCGCUGUGCGGGUAAAGCUCAAGCACAGCUUCAACCAAGACUAGACCCCACGGUCUCGAACCGGUACAAGACCGCGGUGGAGAUGCUCGAUCAUCUCCAAAUCGUCUUCAAGGAUCCCAUGGAACGACAGAUCGCCAAGGGACAAUAUGAGAAGUCGAAGAUGAAAGAGGGUGAGAGCUCUAACCUCUUUUACGGGGAAUUCGCCCGUCUGGCUCUCGAGUCGAAGACGGACGAAGAGCUCCAGAAGGGAGACCUUUUCGAGAAACUAGGAUCUGAUUCUUGUUCCUCCGGCACCUCGGCCUCGGUGGUUUCCCGUCUCGCAUCAGAAUCAAAUGACUCUGUUGCGUCCGGUUCUGGGAAUGGGUCGAACAUCAGUGGUCGACGGGCCAAGAGUUCACCGCGAGCUUUUUCUCAUUGCUGA